UAUUUGGAUUUAAUUAAAAAUUAAUUAUCAUAUUAAUGAGGAGGUGAUUAAUUAUUAUCUAAAUUUCUAUUAAAAAAAUUUAUGCUUGGGGGGACCUCUAAAUUCUUCCUAAGAUCAUCUAUUUUUCCAAAAUAAGAUUGAUUAUUUAAAGUAAUAUAAAGUAGUUGCGAAACAGUAUUAUUACAAUCACGAUGUCCAUUUGCAAUGGUUCUCUCAUAACCUCGCCAAAUUCUUUAGAUCAAUCCUCGGAUCCGAUCAAGCAACCCAAUAAUUAUCAUCAUUCCUUAAAAAAUCACAUAAGUCUAGAGAAAGAUAAACUUAUCCACGCCAUCGAUGUUCCGAUAUCAAACGGAUACGGACACCACGACGAAGAUGACGAUGCUUAUAGCUCACUCCCCGAUGAUUCACCUAUCUCUCACGAUGACCAGUUUAGUAAUUCCCUCUCAAGUAAUCUUUCCCCUACUUUUACCUCGGAAAAAAACCUUGAGAAAACGGUGGAAGAAACGCUAAUUGCUUCAGCCGAAGAAUCUUGCUCAAACCCUCCUGAAUCCAUUCCAAAAUUAAAAACGGAACCUGAAACCAUGCCUAAGGAGCAAACAUAUCAUAACGUUUACCCCGACGGCCUAUCUGUCAUUGAAAACUGGGCCGACAACGAUUUAAAACCGCUCACCAUCCCGCACAAGCUUAAAUAUAUUGCCGAUACAAAUCCCCAAGCUGCGGCGUAUUACUACAAAACUGACGGGGAAGAUACGCAUUGGGAAAGCGUGACCUAUCGCGAAUAUUUACAAGAUAUAAGACGCGUGGCCAAGGCCUUUCUAUCGUUAGGCUUGGAGAAGUUUCACGCCGUGACCAUAAUCGGCUUUAAUGCUCCAGAAUGGGUUGUGUCUAAUUUUGCAGCCAUAUUUGCGGGAGGGUUGUCCACCGGGGUCUACACUACGAAUAGCGCUGAAGUUUGUUUUCAUAUAAUGAUGGACUGUAAAGCAAAUAUAUGUGUGGUAGAAGAUUGGAAUCAAAUGAAUAAAGUUCUGAGCGUAGCCGACAAAUUACCGAACCUAAAGGCAAUAAUUCAAUAUAGGGAACAGGAUUUUCCCUCAGAGUCAAAACUCAGCCAUGCCAGACACUUCAAAAUAUUGAAAUGGUCCGAUUUAGACAGGUAUUCUGAAAUGACAUCCGAAGACAUCUUAAACGAAAAGAUUGAAUCUCAAAAACCUAAUAAUUGCAGCACAUUGAUUUAUACAUCAGGAACUACCGGAAACUCUAAGGGUGUAAUGAUUAGCCACGAUAAUUUGAUAUGGACCUCGACAAUCCUUUCAAAUUACAUAAAAUCUCAACACCGUUCAGAAAGAAUGGUUAGCUAUCUUCCCCUAAGCCAUGUAGCUGCUCAAAUGACUGAUAUAUACAUGCUUAUGGAAUCCGCAUCCAGUCUUUGGUUCGCUAAGCCCGAUGCCUUGAAGUGCAGUUUAGUAACGACCUUAAAAGAAGCCAAACCUACUAUAUUCAUGGGUGUACCUCGAGUAUGGGAAAAAAUUGCUGAAAAACUUUUUAUUAUGAAUAAAUCACUUCACGGCUUUAAGAAAUCUAUUUCAGACUGGGCCAAAGAUAUAGGGAAGCGUGGAAGCACGGCAUUGAUGAAAGGCGACUCCCUUCCUUGGGGCCAUUAUCUCGCCAAUCGCUUGGUUUUUUCUCGUAUUAAGACUGCCUUGGGCCUCAACCAUUGUCGGUUUUUUAUCAGCACGGGAGCUCCUUGUUCCUCGGCCACUUUAACCUUUUUCGAAUCCCUUGAUAUAAGGAUACAAGAAGUUUACGGAGCUUCAGAAUGUACAGGACCAGCUAGCGUGAAUUAUCCUGAGGUAGGCUUUUCUUGGAUAGGAAGUUCUGGACCUCUUCUUCCCGGAACUCAGGUCAAGAUAAUGAAACGGGAUCCGAUAAAAGAUAGAGAGAAUCAAGAUGCCGCAGUUAAAUAUGGCAUUAAAUGCGAAGACAAUCGUGAACUUGGAAAUAAUAAUUGUAGUAACGGGUCAAUUAUUCAUAUUAGCAAUGGUGAUGUAAAAACUCUAUGUUCAUCUCAGGAUGAUAUUCUAAAUGAAGAUAUGGAAGGAGAGAUACUGAUAAAAGGAAGACACGUUUUUAUGGGUUACCUUAACAUGCCCCAGCAAACGAUUGAAGCCAUUGAUUUAAAUGGAUGGUUUUCUACUGGUGACAUGGGAAAAUUAACCAAAACCUCAACUGGAGGCCCUUUCCUCUACAUAACGGGAAGAUUAAAAGAAUUGAUUGUAACUGCCGGUGGAGAAAAUAUCGCUCCUAUACCCAUUGAAAAUAUUAUCAAAGAACAACUAUGCGAACUGGUCAGCAACGUUAUGGUGAUCGGUGAUUACAGAAAGUUUUUAUCAGUGAUACUAACGUUUAAAACAGAAAUUGACAUAAAUACCGGGUUAUGUUCUCAGACAUUACUCCCUUCAGUUCAAAAAUUUAUCCUUGAUUUGAUUAAUCAAGUUUCUUCAACCUCAUCCAAAAUCACAGACUCAUUUGAAAAUAAUUGCGCUAAUGCUGAUGAGUGUAAAAAAGAAAGUACCUAUUCUAAUGGCAAGGUGAACUGCUGCUGCAAUGACAAAAAAUUAUCAAUGAAUUCUCUCUUGGUCAAGAAUUUGAUUCAAAAUAUGCCGCUUACACUAAAAAGAUAUAUAGAUGAUAGGAUAGACGUCACAAAUACAAAAGCCGUUAGCAGAGCUGCUUUCAUAAGAAAAUGGGUCUUUUUGGAAAGUGAUUUCACUAUACCUGGUGGAGAAUUAGGGCCCACUAUGAAACUCAGACGCCCUUAUAUAUUAAAUAAAUAUUCUCAAGUAAUUGAAUCUUUCUAUAGUGACAGUAAAGAAAUAAAUAAUGGUCAAACUCUGGAAUAUAGAACUUCCUAACCUUCAUAAAAUGCGUUGUUUUAAAUUGAAAUAAACAUUUAUUAUAUUAAUAUACUAAAAUAAGGAUUGUUUUUUUUUUAUAAAAGUUACAUUUGUACAUAGAUAUUUUUCCUUAUAUUAAAAAAUAUUUUUUUUAAAGUUGGAAUAAAGAACAAUAUUUAAAAUGCCAAAAUUACCCCCCCCCCCCCACCCUACCCCUCUUCCAUUCAAUCUGGAAACAUAAUAUUUAGUUUUAAUUAUGGCAAUUAAUGACUUGUAAAGCACAAUAUAUAAUAUUUUCAGUGUACUUAAAAGGCUAUGGUCUCAUAUAAUUUUUUAAAUAUUGUGAUUUAUAAAUCGUGAUUAUUGAUAAUUAUUUGUAGAUUAAUUUAUUUAGUAUUUAUAUAUAUAAUUUUUUAAAUUUUCUAAUCAAUAUUUUGUAAAUUAAUAGUUUGCACAAAUAAUAUUUAUGCUUUAUAAUAUACUCUUAUUUCUCAUUUGAAACUUUUACUUUUAAAUUCAAAUUAAACGAUAAAUAUAUCAAACCCAAUCACAUUCAUAUGAUUGUAUAGAUUUGUCGUACCAAGUUACGAGUUCAACCCUAUAAUUAAAAUUGGUCAAUUUACACAUCUUUGAGAGAGUUGUAUAUUUUAUUUAAACACCAUAUUUAUAAAAUUAUUAUGUAACAUCUUUUUUAAAAUUGACUAUAUAAUAUAAUACGCAUAUAAU